AUGUUUUUUUUUUUUUUUUUUUUUUUUGGUAUUAAAAGUUUUAAAAGGAGUUAUUGCGUAGACAAAAAAGAUUUAUUUUCUCCCAUUAAAGAUAUUUUAGAAAAUAAACCGGUAGGAGUUUAUAAAAUUAUAAAGGGUUGGAUAAAAUCAGUUAGAAAACUGAAAGGUUUCCUAUUCAUAGAUGUAACUGAUGGAAGUUGUUUUGAUAAAAUACAAGUUGUCAUUCCGAAAAACUCUAACCCUAAAAAAGUCGGUUGGGGUGCUUCGAUUAAUGCACUUGGUAAACUUCAAAUUAAUCCAUCGGGAAAUUUAGAAUUAAUGGCUGAAAGUAUAAGUGUGGAAGGAAUUUGCAAUAAAGAAAGUAAUUAUCCUUUUUCAUCAAGUCAAAAACAGCCAUUCGAUCAUUACAGGCAAUAUAUUUAUUUGCGCCCUCAGUUGAGAUAUUUCAAUUCGCUAUUUAGGCUUCGACACAGUGCUACUUUAGGAUUUCAUCAAUACUUUGAUAAAAACGGUUUCAUCGGAAUACACACUCCUAUAAUUACAUCAAAUGAUUGUGAGGGAGGAGGAGAAGUUUUUUCAGCUGAAACAUUUUAUAAAAAUAAUGAAUCUCCUAUGAAAGAAAAGAGUGAGACAAAUAAUCAAUUUUUUUUUGACACUCCUGCACUUUUAACAGUUUCUGGUCAACUUCAUUUAGAAGCUGUUACAAGAGCGGAAAAUUCAAGGUCUAGAUUACACUUGUCUGAAUUUUACAUGAUUGAAGCAGAAGAAGCUUUUGUCAAAGAUAUAAAUGUUAUUUUAGAAAGAAUGGAAAAUUGCAUUAAAUGUAAUAUAUCAUCAUUACUCGAUAAAAAUCUCAAAGAAAUCGAAUACCUAAUAAAAGAAAAUGAAACUGAUGUGAAAGAUCAAAUGAAAAUGUUGGAAAAUGUAUUAAAUAAAUCAUUUACAAUAAUGACAUUUGUCGAAGCCAAAGAAAUAGUGAAUAAAAAUAGAGAUAAAAUAAGUCAUGUCAGUGGUAAAUGUAACAAUUUUACAAAAGAAGAAGAAUUAUUUUUAGUUAAAAAUAAUAAUAAUAUACCAAUAUUUGUAAUUGAUUGGCCUAAAGAAAACAUGGCUUUUUACAUGAAAGAAAAAAAUGAUUUGGUGGAAAAAGUAGAUCUUUUAGUUCCUAACGUUGGAGAAUUGUGCGGUGGAAGUUUAAGAGAAAAUCGUUAUGAAACGUUAAAAAAGAAAUUAAAAGAAUCGGAUAUUUUAGAUUCGAUGGAAUGGUACCUGAAUUUAAGGAAAUACGGUAACGUUCCAACAGGAGGUUUCGGAAUGGGAUUUGAAAGGUUUUUACAAUUCAUGCUCAACACACAAAAUAUAAAGGAUACGAUUCCAUUUCCAAGAUGGCCGCACAAUCUUCAACUUUAG